GUCUUGAAACUAUUUAAAUAUAAGCUGGUUAUCUGGCCGGAUGUCUAAGCAAGCUUCUUGAAUUGGGGGGAAACAGAUUACACUUUCACUAAAAUAGUAGUUGCUUUGCGGUUUAUAUCUUAUUUGAAUAUGAUUAACACCAGAAAUUCCCUUAAAAUAUCUCAAAAAUAUCUUGUCUUACCAAAUUACAUUAACGAAUUUCAUCAUUAGAGAUGCAGUAACUUUUCUUAAACGCCAUGGCUAGAAUAUAGGGGUCUGGGUUAGAUUGCGAGGUGGGGUGGGAUUUAUAAGUCAGUACCAAUAAAUUCUGUUAAAAAACAAAACAAAAACAAAAACUGUAGUUCUAUCUAGAUACGCGUGUUCUCACAUCCCCUCACAAACGAAUUAUAAAGUGGUGAGGUUAAUUUUGGACCAUUCACCCCAAAACUGUUCAUAUUCGUAGAGAUUAAGAGUUCACUUUUACAACGUUCACUUUGGGUUACUUAUAAAUUCAUCACAAACAAGUUGCCCUCUGCCCUUCCCGGCACCUUGCUGGCAUAUCAACGCAAUAUUUUCUUUCUCCCUCUUUUUCACUAAAAAAAAAUGAGGCAGCGUAGGUCACGAGGGCGCAGCCGUCACCCUCCCACAGCUGGUGGCACACUCAGUAACUUGGCCUCGGCGGUUUUCCGAGCGCAGUUCGAGGCGCGGAGCUCAGAACGGCCCCCGGGUUCGCCCCGGAGGAGUGCGGCGGGGCAGCCGCGGGCCUCGCAGGGCUAUGAGACGAGGGCUCUGAUCGGGCCGGACCCGCGGGAGGAAGUGAAGGGCGCAAUCGAGCGUCGCCGACGCCUCCGCACGGCCCGGCGCCGCGGGCUUCGGGACGCGCAGGAACCGCGGGACAGGAGAGGCUGUGGGCGCCGGCCGCAGGGACCGGCUUUCUGAAUGUCUCCCGCCUAUGUUAGUCCCUCCGCGACGCGGGGACUCGGCUCCGGAGCCAGAUCCCCUCCCGCGGCCCUCCGGGAGGCUGCGCAGGCGGCGGGUGCGCCCCGGGGAAGCCAGCGGCCCGGGUCCCACGCGCGGAGGCCGCCGCGGCCGGGCAGUUACUCCCGACAUGCUCCUCCCGGAGGAUUUCAAACCCUCACAGCAGCCUCCCCGCCCUCGCCCCCGGCCUGCCCCAGCAACAGGCGGUGGCCCGCUCCUCAUUGGCCGGGCCCCGCGCCGCCGCGCGCCGAUUGGCCGCGGAGCUCCGGCCCCGCUUCUGCGCUCGCCGCCACCUCCAUUUUGUUGGUAGAGGCAGAAGGAGGUCGGCUCUCAGACGUAGGGUGGUCAGCAGCCAGCUCGUCGGCUCUCGUGGGCUUUGUUCGAUCCUUGCCUCAUCUCUCCCUGGAAAGGGAGGGAGGCCUCGACGUCGAGAGGGAGCCGCCGCAGUCCGAGCUUGAAGUCGCUAGGACUUCUCUCAAACUUGUGUGCUGAGGAGACUCAGAUGUUGGCCUCAGCUCCUAGGCUGAACUCAGCAGAUUGGCCCAUGAAAACUUCURUAUUGAGACAAAGGAAAGGAUCCGUCAGAAAACAACACCUAUUAUCUUGGGCUUGGCAGCAAGGAAGAGGACAAGUAGUGGAAAUCCUGCAAUCGGAAAAGCAGACUGAAAGGUGACAAAGAAGCUGAAGAUGGGUGGUGGAGAGAGGUAUAACAUUCCAACCCCUCAGUCUAGAAAUGGUAGUAAGAACCAACAGCAGCUUAAUAGACAGAAGACCAAGGAUCAGAAUUCCCAGAUGAAAAUUGUUCAUAAGAAAAAAGAAAGAGGACAUGGUUACAACUCAUCAGCAGCUGCAUGGCAGGCCAUGCAAAAUGGGGGGAAGAACAAAAAUUUUCCAAGUAAUCMAAAUUGGAAUGCUAGCUUAUCAAGUCCCACCCUACUUUUUAAGUCUCAAGUUAAUCAGAACUAUGCUGGAGCCAAAUUUAGUGAGGCACCAUCACCAAGUGUUCUUCCUAAACCACCAAGCCACUGGGUUCCUGUGAACUUUAAUCCUUCAGACAAGGAAAUAAUGACAUUUCAACUUAAAACCUUWCUUAAAGUCCAAGUAUAAAAUAAGAUAUAAAGUACUAAUGUUUAAAUUUAGUUUAUAAAAAGUUGUCAGUUGGUCUGAAACAAAUUACAGAUUCACUAGGGAGUURACCAAUUUGUGUAAAACUGCUUAUUAAUGUAUGAAUAUUAAUCAAAUUUCAUCUCAUUUGUUUUACAUAUUGUGUGCACUGUAAUAUAAUGGUGGUUAUCAGUGCAACUUAAAAUAAUUGAACUUGAUAAGUGUUCUCAAUUGAAUAGCUUUUAAGUGAAAACCAAGUUUAUAUUGGGAAUGGUAAAGGAAUCAACUUUUUAUAUUUUUAUUGGGGGAAUAUAGUAAAAGAUUCAUGGAUUAGAAGAUUUACUUGUAGUGGAUCAGAUUAAGCAUCUAGAUGAGACAAGGAUUGAAAACUAGGAGGACAUUUGAAAGUUUAAUGUCCCAGAAAGCCAAACUAGUAACACGCCAACAUCAUAAUGCACUGCCGAGAGAAUGUGAAUUUUUAAUAGUUGUAUUUUACUAAAUUGCACAGUGAUGAAUGUGUAAAGGGCACUUGGGGUUUACUAGAAUGAGACACAGUAUACAGUAUAAGGUGCCCUGUUUCUUAAAUUGCAAUGGAUAGGUGUCUGCCAAUAGAUGCACCCAAACCAUUUUUAUAGAAAAACUAUUGAGCACUUGAYAGCUUUCAAAAAAUACUWCUUUUUUUUGUAUUACAGAACUGCAAAGCUAUUCUGACAGUGAUCUGGCCUCAUAUCUCUGCAAAGCUUAAAGUGGGGAGUUGUAUAAUGUGAAAGUUCAAAGUACCUAGGGGAGAAGAGCCAUGUAAAUACAUGUAAUAAACUUGUAGCAUAUAUGUAAAGUCUWMUUGGCCUACAAAAAUAGGAUAUUUUAGUAUGAAUUUGCUGAAUGUAAGACCAUGGACUGUUUUUUUAUACUAUGGCCUAAUUUUAAAGGUCCAGAAUUGUUUUUAAAGUUUGCCCUCAUGCUAAAGUGCCAGUGUAUGUGUUAUAAUUGAUUUGGUUGUAAACUAUAUUACAAAGUAAAUCCUAAUGUAAUUAAGUUUUGUAUUAUAACUAAAAAAGUCUAAGCUGCUAGAAGAUUUCCUACUUUUAGGAGAUGUAAAAUGCAGUACAGGAUUCCUCUACCCUCCAGUCUAUAAACCCAAAGAUUCAUUUUGGCUCUCACCAGUUCUUGUAACCAAUGAUACAAAUCUAAAUUGUAUUUGGUGCCAGUGAGUUUAAUUUCUUUUUUUUUUUUUUUGGUCAUAGUAAGUACAACCCAGGAAACCGCUUAAUGCAAAAGAUGUAAUCUCUUGCAUAACACCCCUUUAGGCGCGUUUUCACCAAUCUUAAGGGAAAAAUGCUAAAUAUGACAGCCUAAUAGCAAGUUAGAAAAGUACAUGGGUCAAUUAAAAAGUCCUGAUAAUGCCCUACUUUCUAAUUUCACGUCUUUGAUGUUUUAAAUAUAACAGGCUAUGUUAUAUUUCACUAAGUGAAUUUAGAUGAACUAUUGCCCAAGUCAAAUAUUGAAUAUACUAAAGGCAGAAUUUAUGUAGUACUUAUUGUACAUGAUACGAAUUUGAAACAUGAAAUUAAAAAAUAAAAAUUUUCUCCCCAGUGGCUCGUUAUUAUCUUGAAAACUGUUAUGACUGCUGAAUCUUAGAAUGUACAUAACUGAAAUGUGAUAGAAAUGUUGACUUGAAGAGUCUAAUGUACUGUUGGUGUGACAAUUACACAAUUUUUGCUAGUUGGACUCAAGCCCCCAAAACAGUACUUGCAGGAACUAUGCAAAAGUUUUGAAAGCCCAGUAAAAUAGAUCUAUGUUUUCAGUUUCCAGAGUAAAAUAGGACAAAAGAGCUCAAAUUGGCAGGAACCCAUCCAUGUGUUUUUAAGUAUGUGAAGGAACCCUUUGAAUUGGCUUUCUAAUGGACAGGCUCCCAACCUAUAAACUAGUUGAAYAAUCCCAGUAAAGGCACAGCUGUAAACAAAUUUGUAAGUAAGGUACUCAUUUUCUUUUUGUUUGUGCAUAAUUUCUAUGAAAAAUAGUGCCAAGAACUGCCAAGUUCUCUGAUGCAGCACUGCAAAUAGGGUUAGCAGACUCAAUAAUGUGCGGGAACCUGAAUAAAAAGUCGAUGAUAAUAUGAACAUUUCAUAUUAUUAGAGCUAGUUAGAAAAUACUAAUAGUGGAUAACCUUCAGAAAGUGUGCUGGCAUGAAACCAAUAUCAAAGCUCAUGUGAAAACCAAAAAACAAGUUUACAGAUUCAGUUAUACUUCCAGUGGGCCUUUUAAUACAUCUAAUUCCAGUUUGUCUUAUGUUUUGAUAGUGGGCAUGUACAUUAAGUUUCAAUGGAAUUCAGGCCCAUAACMUACCUUUAAAUCCCAAGUAGUUUCUUCCCCCAAAGAAGCAUAAAGUGGCAGUAGGGUGAUAAAGGGUUUUAGGCAAGUUUCCCCCAGUGUGUUUUAUUUGAAUUCUCAUAGGCAAUUUCUUAAAACCCAAGAGAAUAUAUCUCCAAAACUUCUUAAAACAAAUGAGGGGAACGUCUACCACGGUAGUUGUAUCUGUAAGGCAGAGCAAAAUCUAAAAAAAACAAGAUUUGUUGGCUCCUAGACCAGUUUAUUAUUUCACUCUCCAGCAUUCAAAGAAAUGUGAUCUGCAAAAACUAGAUACAAAGGCCUUUUACUUCUUUACAAACUACUGUUAUCAAUGAAAUGAAUUUACAUGCCUUACUUUUUAUUCCAAAAGAAAAAAAAAACUCCAUCUUUUAACACAAGGGUGAAACUGCUUUACAAAUACACAGAACAUCAUAAAGAUAACCAACACUGUUGGAAGAACGGGUAGAGGAAAAGACCCCAGAAGGCACCUUUUCCAGGACUAGCAGAAUGUCUUACAGAUGUCAACAGCCGAAGAUAAACAGGUUGCUUACUUCACCUAUUAAGUCAUCACUAUUUAAAAAAUGAGUAUUGUUCACACCUGGGGUUCCUAAAAGCCCCGAAGGUCCACUUAGUAGGAUGUCAUUAAUUUAUUCCAAACUAUUGCUCAAGUCACAGCGUUCCCAUUUCAAAAUAUAAUCCUGGGACUUUGUAAACAAUAACAUGGAAAAAUAAAAUACAAUGAAAAAUCUCUUUUGAGACUGGAACCUGGAAAGUCAGGCUAUGAUGAGUCUGACCCACAGAGCCUGUCAGAUAUAGCAAUCUAAUAUAUAAAAGUUACCAUUAGAUUACAAAAUUGAGAAAUGAAGCAGGGUAUGCAAAAUUAUAUCACAUGGAAGGUAUUCUGUAAAUUGACAAACUUUUUCACACCUGCAAAAUGGGAAUAGUAUUCAUUUUCCAGGUAUGUUUUUGGGGUUAAGCAGCAGUAUAUGAAAAACAUAUGGUUUGGCAAAUUAGGUGCUUGAUGAUAUUGAUAAAUUUUAAAUAUUAUAUGGGAACAAUCACAUAUAACAAUGCACUGUAAUUCAACAGGUGCCCAAACCACAUGGAGUUUUUUGUUUUACCACAUUUAAAAUGCUAUUCAGUACUGUCAUUACUUAUAAACAAAACAAAAUCAAAGACUAGUAAAAUAAGAGAGGUUAUGUGGCCACUAAUUAUUAUUUUUUUUUUGUAAAGGGAAAAAUCUCAACCAAAUAUGCAACUUAAUUCUACUCCCUGGAACCCAUCAAUUCAAAAGGAAAUGGAGAGGGAGGUAGAGGACAAAAACACGCAGGAACUACACAGAUACUGUUUUGAAAGAUCACACAGGACACCUCUAAGAAUUACCAAUUCAAUGUUCAACACUAAUGAUAAAAUUAUGUAAGGGUACAAGAACUCAAAUCUGUAAUCUUUACUUGAAACAAACUCUAAAUUCCAUUAUCACUUUUUAU